CGGCCUUCCGUACACAGUUCCGUUUUCCAAUAAUCUGCUGUAUCAUAUAUAUAGAUCAAUAGAUAUUCAUAGAAGACUUUAGAUUCACGACUCGACCAUCACCAACGCAACUUUUCCCGCCAUGGCGCCGCCCCCGGUCCCCCCACUUCGACACGCCGUCACUCAGCCACAGACAAAGCUGGAAGAGGACCAAGUGGUUCACAACACCCACAUACGGCCUGUGCAAUCUAGAAGAGAAGUCGACCCGUUUCCACUUCAUCUCGCUCGCUCUCUAUCUCGGUCCCAAUCACAAAACGCACCCUCGUUACAUCGCCCCCUCACAAGAAACGAUGGACUCGACAAUAUACCACCACCUCUACCAGCCUCGCCUCAGCAACUGGAGAGAAUGCUGUCAGGUAAUCCUGACCUCGAAAGACAGAUGGGCGUGAAUGAUGAGGACGUUGGGCCGCCGCCAGAAGGAGGGAUGGAAGCUUGGUGCUGCGUUGGUGCUGCUUUCAUGGUGCUGUUCUGUAUAUUUGGAUUUGUCACUAGUUUUGGACAACUCAAAUCGUACUAUCUAGAAAAUCAACUUUCAGAUUACUCUCAAUCUGACGUCGCCUGGAUCGGAACUCUGCAAUCGUUUCUCACAUUCGCUGGGUCAAUCGCGUCGGGAAGAUACUUCGACUCGCAUGGUGCUAGGACGAUCACAAUCGUGGGAACCAGCUUGAAUGUUGGAGCCACUAUCGCGCUGGCAUUCUGCAAGGAAUACUAUCAGCUCAUCUGUGCCCAUGCUCUUUUCGGGUUGUCCGGGACAAUCAUGUAUUCGCCAUCGACAGCUGUAUCAGGUCACUGGUUCAUGAGAAAAAGAAGCACUGCGGUCGGCAUCGUGGUGUGCGGGGCUGGCGCAGGAGGCAUCAUAUAUCCUGUAGCUCUCAAGAAGUUGUUCGAGAAACUCAGCUUCCGAGACAGCAUCCUCAUCAUUGCGGGCAUGAAUGCUGUUUUAAUGUUCCCUGCUUGGUUCUUCCUCAAAGCGCGGUUGCCUCCGAGGCAGCCCCCUCCAUAUCGAGACAUGAGGAGACCCUGGAAAGAAGCCCGAUAUACGUGUCUUGUGGCCGGUUCAGCUCUGGUGAUGAUGAACGUCUUCUCCCCAUAUUUCAACGCCCCCAUAUUGUUCGACUCCAACAACCUAUCUCCAGAGCUGGCUGAUUACUCUAUCGCCAUCCUCCAGGCUGGGUCCAUGAUUGGCCGAGCCAUGUCCGGCGCUCUUGCAGAUCUCUUUGGAGUAUGGACAGUCUUUGUUUGCUCCAUCCUUGGGAGCUCUAUAUCUGUCUAUGCCUUCUGGGUGCCACCAUCCAUCAACGUUGCGACUGCUGUGGUCGGAUUGGUUGCAUACGGAGCUUUCAGCGGAGCUUGGAUAGCGUUGGUAGCUGCCAGCUGUGGAGCUAUCAGCCCCACUAGAGAGUUCGGCAUGCGUCUGGGUAUGCUGUGGUCUACCACUUCCGUUCUCGCCUUGGCUGGACCUGUCAUCUGUGGUCGUGAGUUCAUUGUGCAUUCAUGCUGCACGCGCUGAAACCGAUUACAGUUCUCAUCACCUCCAACGGUGGCAAAUUCGAGCACGCUGGACUCUUUGUUGGCUCAACGCACCUCGUAGGUGCCGGCCUGACUGUUGCGCCUAGAUUCUUGGAGAUCUUGAGAGAUGGUUAUCGGAAGCUGCGUGGAAAGUCAGGCGAAUCGUAUAUAAUCAGAGAGAUGAAGGAGAGGUCUGCGUCUGGAUAAUCUUGUGGCGAAGACCGUUACAAAGGAUUCGCACUUGUUGUACAGGUAUAGAAUUAUAUUUAGAGGAGCCCUAUGAGAGCUCGCAUGUAUCAAUGCAUACCUAUAAGAGCUUGAUUGACCGGUUUUCGCA